GAGGCGGCGGACGAGGACGGGGAGUCCGCCCCGCUGCUGCCGCCGCCGUCGGGCAGCAAUCCUCCAAAUCGUGGCUCUUCCUUUGGUUUCUCAGUAUUUAAUCUAAUGAAUGCAAUCAUGGGAAGUGGCAUACUUGGCUUAUCCUAUGCUAUGGCCAACACAGGGAUCAUGGGGUUUAGUAUCUUGUUGCUGAUUGUUGCCAGCCUUGCUUCUUACUCUGUAUUUCUUCUGCUCAGUAUGUGCACUCAGACUGCUGUCACUUCUUACGAAGACCUUGGCCUGUUUGCCUUUGGAUCAACUGGAAAGGUCCUUGUUGCAACUACAAUAAUUAUCCAGAAUAUUGGAGCUAUGUCAUCUUAUCUUUUAAUUGUUAAGUCUGAACUUCCUGGUGCUGUUGCGGGGUUCUUAAGCGGAGAUGAGAGUGGGUCUUGGUACCUUGAUGGGAGACUGCUGCUACUGAUUACUUCAGUCUGCGUUGUUUUUCCUCUUGCGCUUCUUCCUAAAAUUGGCUUUCUUGGCUACACAAGUAGUUUAUCAUUUUUCUUUAUGGUGUACUUUGCUCUUGUGAUUAUGAUAAAAAAAUGGUCGAUCCCUUGUCCUCUACCUCUAAAUAGUGCCAUAGAGACUUUUCAGGUUUCAAAUUCUACUGGGGAUUGUAAAGCAAAGCUCUUUCAUCUUUCAAAAGAGAGUGCUUAUGCAAUACCAACUAUGGCCUUUUCUUUUCUCUGCCAUACCUCAGUCUUACCCAUCUAUUGUGAGCUCCAAAGUCCAUCCAAAAGCAGAAUGCAGAAUGUAACUGUCACAGGAAUUGGUCUGAGUUUCCUAAUUUACUUUGUGUCUGCUCUGUUUGGGUACCUGACAUUUUAUGACAAAGUGGACUCCGAAUUGUUACAAGGUUACAGCAGGUACCUGCCACAUGAUACUGUCAUCAUGACUGUUAAAGUAGCCAUACUGUUUGCUGUGCUUUUGACAGUCCCUCUAAUCCAUUUCCCAGCAAGGAAAGCUGUAUUGAUGGUAUUUUUCUCGCAUCUUCCUGUGUCGUGGAUUUGCCAUAUCCUUGUCACUUUAACACUGAAUACAAUUGUUGUUUUGUUUGCAAUGUACGUGCCAGACAUUAAAAAUGUAUUCGGAGUAGUUGGUUCAACCACAUCAACGUGUUUGCUUUUUGUAUAUCCUGGACUAUUUUAUCUUAAACUUAGCAGAGAAGACUUUUUAUCACCACAGAAACUUGGGGCAUGUGCAUUGGUUAUUUUUGGCAUUUGUGUUGGCCUUCUCAGUUUAGUUCUAAUAAUUUUCAAUUGGAUUGAUCAAUAACAGCCUAUUGUCACUGCCUGAACUGAGCUUCAGAAGGACAGCAAGAACCAGAGAUGUGUCAUAACUACUGAAAUGAAUGCUGGACAUCCUAAAGAAAACACUGACCAAAGCUGUCUAUGGAAGAAAUAAUGCUCUAUUUCACUGCAUUUGUGAUGCUCCUUCUUUGCUCUGGAGUCACUCUCUUCACUUAUUGGACAAUUAAGUCAUUGCCAUUCUAAAAUAUUAGUUUUUAAUGAUGUAAUCAUGACAGGUAAAAAGGUCUCUUGGAAUUUCUGCAAUGCAAAAAUGGUUUAGUGCACAUGGUGAACAAAAGCAGAACCUUGAAAUAACUUCUCUUUUAAAGUCAAUGGGAUGGUUAGAUAUUACAUCAAUCAUGAUGCGCAUAUCGUGGUAUGUGCAUUUAGGAUAAUGCACACAUUAUCCUAAACCGUGAAAGACUUCUGUUGCUUGAGUAAUUUCCAAAAUUUCAACCAGUUCAUACCAAGAACUUCCUGAUUCCUAAUGUUGACCCUAAUUUAUCCUAACAUGGAUCCAGAAACCAGCUGCCUCAGCCCAGUUUAAUGGGCACAUCAUGAUAAUAUUUGUUAAUGUUUUUUUAAACACAGUUUUUAUACCUCAGUAUACUUGAAUCAUACUGAAGUAAUUUUUAAACUAGAAGGCUUUGCCCAUCUAGCAUAAUAGCUUUUAGUAGCAUUAGGAAGUAUUUCCAUUUUGCAGUUAAUAAUAGACAUUUUUCAAUUGAUAUCUGCCUUUGAAUAUUAUUCAGUGUACCUCAGUAUUCCUCCCAGUGAAAGACUUUUUUCUUUUUCUCUCUUAUUCCCAUUUUUACAAGUGUUUCAUAUUUGAAAUAAGAGUGUUUCUGUAUUUUAUGUACUGUUGUGUGUCAGAGAAGGUUUGGGCUUGAAAGGUGGAAUUCUGCCUCUGUUGAAGACAAAGGAUAUUUUACGUUACCUAAUUUUACCUUAGAUCUCUAAACUUCCAUGUACCCUUUUAUAAUUCCUUCCUUUUUUCCUAAAUGAAAUGUGAAUGCAGUUUUCAACACCAGCUGGGCUCUGUUAAAUAUGACAUUGAGUGCCCACCACAAAAGUUCCUCAUAUUAGUAGAAUGAAAGCAGUGGCUGAUAUCCUGGUAAGGUUUUUAGAAUUUGUUUCUAUCAGAUGAGAUCUGAUGUCUUUAAAAUAGCCUAAUCUCUUCAGAGACUUUAUGCCCUAAGGAAUCUAAGCCUCCACAGAAAUGGCUUGUGUAAAGUUAAGAAAUUAGACCUCAGCCUCAAAUGGCAAGAGUUAGAGAGUGGGAAAGUUCUUCAUUAUUUCCAGAUGCAAUAUUUCUUUUAAUUUAGCUUAGCACUUUUACAUCUGAGAAGUGGAAUAAGACACAAGUGAAACGUAGCAAAGUAAUACCUUUAUGUGGUAUGAAAGCAGCUAGCAAGUGACAUUUAAAUAAAUUUUUCUAUGCAUAAAGUGCACAGUCAGCAAGUUAGUUGACUAUUGCUAGAAAGUCCUGCUGAGACAGUUCUGUUAAUAGGUUGACUUAUAUUUUAUCAGUUGAGAGGGGAGAGGCCCAGAGCCUGGCAUUUCUAACUUCUUAGCAGUGGGUCUGUGCUAUUAACCUGUUUAAUUAUGUCACACUGGAUUUGGAAAAUGCUGAUUGAUGUGUCAACUUUAACAUAACUCUGAUUGAAUGUGCUUGAUCCUCACCUGUCUAAUAGGGAGGAACAGCAAAUAGCAGAGUUGGAAUCACCACCUCUAUUCCUGAGCUGGCAAACUAGGAUUUCUCUGACUUCAGUGCCAACAGAUGACUCUGCUCUCUCAGGAUCCAUAAGAUACUUUUCACUUUUGAUAGAUGGCCUGAAGGCACCCAGGUGGUGCAGCUUGGUACUGCUUCAGGAAUGCUUUUUGCCUGGGGAAUAUUCUUCUACCUAGGAGUUUAAUACAGAAAUAGACAUGUGUGGUGAUGCCUGGGAACUAACUCAGAAGUUUUGGUAGGAUCCCCACUCUGCAGGAACUGGUACGCUAUCUUCUGGAAAAGACUGCCAUUAUUUUUAUCAUGAAGUUUCCAGCAGAGGUUUCAUGGCACAAAGUGGGCCAUCUAAUAGUUUGUCAGUACCAGAAACAGCAUGUCCACUCUUGGCCAGAAGUUCACAACUACUUCUGUGGCACUGGCAGUGGCUCCUGGUCAGCAUGUUUAAGUAGCAGAAAACCACCGUGAUCGGGAGAUGUGACACAUUAUCUGGCAAAAAAAUUAACUAAGUGAACUCACUUAGGGGACAAGAAAAGUGUGUGUGUGGGGGGGGUGGUAGAAGUGGGACCGCCUUAUUGAGCAGCAGCAGCCGUUAGAUAGCACAUUUUUCUCAUAAAACCUCAGGCUUUGCCUAGCAGUUUUGCCUCAGCAGGUUGAAGUGUGGGUGUGCACGUAUGGGAUGCCUCUAACUUGAGAGGUCUCUGGCCUCCUUUGAUCAAGGGGUCGAUCAGACUUUCUCAGCAUUGUGGGAGUGUUAAUGGUGGAGGCUCUCCAUCUUGCCUUUAUUCUUGCAGUUCUCCCAGGUUUUUUAGCUCUUGAUGUAGCCACCUUCCUGCCUGUGACUACCCUCUAAUAGCUGUGUUUCAUAGGCUUCGUUAUACUGUAGGGGUUCAGCCACUCAGGGUAUCAUCUCUGGCAGUAGUGUAAAAAACCAAAUACAUACCUUAUGAAAGUGUACCUUGAGAAAGCAGUGACAGCUGUACAUCAGGAAGUGAUUUUCUAUCUGACUGAACCAAAACUUUUUAGGAAAACAGACCUUCCAUUCAUGUUAAUGAACUGUAGGGUUUUUUCAGACACUAGAAUUUAGGAGGAAUAUUAAUUAGAAAUUUUAUGGAAAUUGUUUCUCAUUGUCAUAUGCUCUUGUAGCAUACUAUUGAGUAAUACUCGUAAUCACUGCAAUCACUUUAUUUUAAACUCUAAUCAAGAUUUAAUACUGAAGACUUAGAUUAUCUGUGAAGGCGCAGAAAGUUGGCAAAGUUUUGCUAAGCUUUUGCUCUUUCCUCCUCCCCGUGAGAAAGCUGAGUCUUGCCCUCCACUGUAAUGCUCUGUUUGUACGCAUCAUCUUAAAAAAUGUGACUGAGAAAAUACCUGAAAUACAGUGUUAAUUUUACAGUUGAUUCCUGUAAUGCUAUGGAAAUCACUACAUUAUUGUUCUUAAUCCCUGAGUAUUUUCCUACCUAGCCUGGCUAUUCGCUAACUAUCCUAAUAGGUAAACUUUGAAAUAAUGAAUACCAGCGUACGAAGUUAAUACUUGGUGAGGAUGAAUGGGAGCAAUUCACACCUCUGCUGGAGAUCUAUUAUUACAUUUUGGCUGCAGUGUGGAAAGGAUAGCAGCACAGGGGGCUACAGAAUGUGUGUUACCUUUCAUCUGAAAAAGAAAUACUGCUACUGCAUAACUUAAAAUAUGGGGG